CAUUGCUGUAGUGCUGUAGUUCACGACUGUGGUGGUGCUGUUGCCACACUCGGCUAACACAUUUUCGCCUUCGGCUCAAUUUAUUACUUUCGUUGAGAGAGCAAUUCAAAUUUUUAUGAUUAUUACCGCCGCGCCAGUACUCCAUUAUUGCUAGGGUUGAAGUCGUUUCGCAAUAAAACCAUGUCUGAUUCUACCCAAUCGUCGUUCAGUUUCCUGUCCAACUGGAAGUUUAGUUUGGCCGUCGGCGUACCGUGUUUUGCAGUGGGCUUGGGCGUGACUUAUUAUUUUUAUUCAAAAUCUAAUAAUAAGAGCCAGCUACCUCAUGAGCCGACAGCCAAACAACAUGAUAUUGACGGAAACAAUGCCAUCCGAAAGCCGCUCGAGUCAAACGGAAUUGAUUGCAACACAGUGAAAGUUCACAAACCACAGAAUCCAACUGAACAAGUUGAAGAGUUUAAAAAGCAAGGAAACGCAGAGUUCUCUAAACAAAAUUAUGAUGCAGCUAUUACUUUUUACACACAAGCCUUGUCAAUGUGUCCACAGUCUGAAAAAGGACUGUUGUCCACAGUGUAUCAAAACCGAGCUGCUGCUUAUAGUAAAUUGAACAAUUAUGAGAAUUGUGUGGCUGACUGUGCUAAGGCAUUAGAAUUAGUACCAUCAUACAAAAAAGCAUUAUCCCGAAGAGCUAGAGCACUUACAGAAUUAGGAAAUUUUAAGCUAGCUCUAGAAGAUAUAACAGCUGUUGUAAUGUUGGAUGAGUUUAGAAAUCAAUCUGAUAUAGAGUUUGCAGAUAGUGUAAUAAAAAAUUUAGGUAAGAAGAACUUAGAAGAAUACACAAAACAUAAUGUUUUUAAUUUGCCCACAAAAACAUUCAUUGAAAAUUAUAUGAAAUCAUUCAGUGAAGAUCCAUUUAAUGAUGAAUUUCCACAAACAUUAAUGAAAUCAGAAGUUAAUACUGGUUUGGAAUUAGCUUUAAAAUGUAUCAAAGAUAAAAACUAUGAAGAAAUUGAGGAUGCUUGUAAAGAAGAAUUGAAGAAGACUGAUAAUAGUUUAAUUCGAAGAACUUUGGCAUUAAAUCUGCUUGCUACUUUUUCUAUACUACGUGGUAACUAUGCAAUUGGAGUCGAACAUCUUACUACUGUCAUUGAAACACCAGGAGUUCCUAACAAGUUGGUGAUUAAUUCCUUAAUAAAAAGAUCAUCUGUUUACCAUCAACAAGAACAAGUGGAAAAAUCUUUUGAAGAUUUGAAACGGGCAGAAAAUAUUGAUCCAAACUGUUCUGAAGUAUUUCACCACCGUGCUCAAAUUUAUUUAUUAGAAAUGAAUAGUGAGAAAGCAGUCGAAGAAUUUAAACGGGCUGUAGAAUUGAAUCCUACAUUUAUUUUAUCAAAUGUUCAAUGUUGUUACGCUCAAUAUAUUCAUGCAAAACAAACGUCAAAUGAAUUGGACACUGAAAAAUUUCUUAACAAAUUAAAAGGAUUUGUUAUUAAAUACCCUGAUUAUGUUGAAAGCUAUACCCUAUAUGCACAGGCUUUAACAGAAAAAGGAGCAUAUGAAGAGGCAGAUUUAUUAUUCAAAAAAGUAUAUGAAAUUUAUCCAGAAAAUGCUACUUUAUUAGUACACAGAGCUUUGGUUGUAUUAUCGUGGAAAAGUUCAAUCAGCGAAGCAUUCACUUUCCUCCAACAAGCAAUAAAAGUUGAUCCAAAAUGUGAUUAUGCUUAUGAAACAUUGGGAACACUUUAUAUUCAAACAGGAAAAUUAGAAGAAGCUGUUGAAUGCUUAGAAAAAGCAGUACCUUUGUCUAAGUCUGAAAAGGAAUUGUUACACAUAUUUUCGUUGAGAGAUUCAGCAAGGGCACAAUUAGCAGUAGUUAAGCGUUUGGGAUUAACGCCUCCACUAUAAUUAUUUUCCAAAUAAUUUUAUCUUUACCUCUUUAUAAUCAUUAUUAAAUUAAAUAAAGAAAUUUAGUUAUUUUUUUUUAAUGAA